AUUUGAUCAGUUUUUCAGAAGUAUCCAGUUAUCAUACUCAUUGUGCAUCUUUACAGAUUGCAGAGUUUAGCGUGUGCACAAACAGGACAGUACAUCAAACAUAAUGUAACCUGUUUUCAGUUGCAGUAAGUGGCACUUAGUGUAGCAUCUGACUAUUUCCUCUGCACAUCUGCAUUCUUCCUCUUGGCACAGUGGAUCAGAUGCCUUGGUUUUCAUCAUGCAGGUGUUAAAAACAGGAUGUAAAUAUUACGGUGAUUCUCCAGAGAAGCACAUUACUCUCUCCUUCAGAGGCCUUUGAUAUGUCAGAGGCCAUUAACAACACAAUCCUCCCGUGGGACGCACUCGUGGAUGUCGAAAAGCACAACUGUGAAAAACAUUUCCCUAACAACGUACUGCUGGAAUGAUAAUAAUUGUACCUCCUGGAACCUCUGGCAUAAAAAAAUACUGGGAAAAAGGAAGAAAAAUGCACUAAGAAUGUUUUGUGAUGUUUCCAUUGUCAUUUGUUGAAAUGCUUAGCAUACAUUUUCCCUCUUUUAUCUUUUUCAUUCCUUCUUUACAUCUUAUAUUUUCUCCAAUGCCUCUCUCAUUAUUAAUUUCUAUCAGAGACACAAUUUUGUAUGCAUCACAGCUUCAUUGUACCUCCUUUUAAAUUUCUAUCAUUGUUUCAUCAUGAAAUGUCAGACAAAAUGUGUAAAACCACUGCAAAGGCCGACAUUGUGCUGCUGGUGGACGGUUCCUGGAGUAUCGGACGGCUUAACUUUAAGACCAUCCGGGCCUUCAUUGCUCGCAUGGUGGGAGUCUUUGACAUCGGUCCCGAUAAAAUUCAGAUUGGUCUUGCUCAGUACAGUGGUGACCCAAAGACUGAGUGGCACUUGAAUGCUCAUCCAACACGGGACUCACUCCUGAAUGCUGUGAAUAACCUGCCUUACAAAGGAGGAAACACCAUGACAGGAAUGGCUCUUAACUACAUCCUCCAGAACAAUUUCAAAGAGAGCGUGGGGAUGCGACCUAGUGCCCGAAAGAUUGGUGUCUUGGUUACUGAUGGAAAAUCCCAGGAUGAAGUUGUCAUCCCCUCACAGAACCUGCGCGAGCAGAGCAUUGAGCUGUAUGCCAUUGGUGUGAAGAAUGCAGAUGAGAAUGAGUUGAGAUCCAUUGCCUCCGAUCCGGAUGAAAUCCACAUGUACAAUGUGGCUGACUUCUCCUUCCUGUUGGACAUUGUGGACACUCUUAGUGAUAACCUCUGUAACAGCGUGAAGGGAGGUGUGUAUGAGUUUGGAUCAAAACGCAGCAUCGUGCAAAAGUGUUCAUUCUUUGAAUGUUUUUUUUAGAUUUUGUUAGGUUAC